GAGGCCAUUUAAGGACGUGGCAAAAUAUCCUGCACAAACUCAAAACACGCCAAUUCUACAAUUAACAAGUGUCAACAGAUGGUUUCUUCAGUUUGCUUUCAAUCUGAUAACGUAAAUAAGACACACAAAAGUCUUUAAUUUGAUGGAACUCUGAAACGUGAGACUAAAGGAAAGUCAACGCUCCUACAUUUCAGUUUCUUCUGGAUGUCUCGUCCAAUCAAAGUAAAUACUAAAUAAAAUUAAUUUUAAAAAUUAUUUUCCCUCUGUGAAGCGUCCUCAACCCCUCGUCUCCCUGUUUUCUCUCUAUUUAACUUCACAAGAAGCCAACUUCCAUAUUCUUCUUCUUCUUCUUCUUCUCUCCCAUUUUGCGUCCUUUCAUUUAAUCAAAUUGCACUACCUCUGCAUUUUUCUGUGGUUCUGCGAUCACAUUGUUUCUAGUCUACAUAUAAAAAUGGAGAAUGAAGGGAACCAACCCCUGGCUUUGGAGAAGUACGACUGUCUCCUUUUUGAUGUAGAUGACACGCUUUAUCCUCUGAGUUCUGGCUUGUCUAAACAGGUCACCAAGAAUAUUGAAGAGUAUAUGAUUCAAAAGCUCGGCAUUGAGGAAAGUAAAGUCCCACAAUUGUGUAUUUCCUUGUACAAGCAUUAUGGGACAACCAUGGCUGGUCUCAGAGCUAUUGGGUACAAGCUCGACUAUGAUGACUUCCACAGUUUUGUUCAUGGAAGGUUGCCCUAUGAAAUCCUAGAGCCUGACCAUGUUCUUAGUCAUCUCUUACAUAGUGUGCCUCUCCGCAAAGUUAUCUUCACCAAUGCAGAUAAAGCUCAUGCUGCUAAGGUCCUCAGUAAACUUGGGUUAGAGGACUGCUUUGAAGAGGUUUUAUGCUUUGAGACCUUGAAUACCACUAGCAAAGGAUAUGACAGUGUUGAAGAGGAUGACAAUGCAGUUUUUGAUAUCAAUGAAUACUGUUCUGCUCCUAAUGCUGGUAUCGCACUUCCCAAGUCACCAGUUCUAUGCAAACCAUUUGAAGAGUCGUUUGACCAGGUGUUUAAGAUUGCCAGUAUCAAUCCUCAGAGAACUUUGUUCUUUGACGAUAGCAUCCGUAAUAUACAGACUGGGAAACGUGUGGGUCUUAACACUGUGUGGGUAGGCUCUUCCGAGCGAACUGAAGGUGUGGACUAUGCAGUAGAAAGCAUCCACAAUAUCAAGGAAGCACUGGCAGAGCUGUGGGAGGAUUCUGAAGGUGUGAAGUGUUCGGGAAAGGCUGCAAUUGAGACUUGAGUGGAGGCAUAGCGUAUAUGUAGGUGGGCAUUUUCUCAGAUCCAUCUAAUGCAAUCACACAAUGACAUACUAUUUUCUUUAUCUCCACAUUUUUGUAGCAGUUGAGCGAUUGAGCUCUCAGAGUGGUUCCUUUUGUGCGUGUCCAUGUUUUGUAUUAUUUAACUGAUCUUAGCUUUCCUGUAAUGAAGCCUGUACAAGUGUUGAUA